GUCGUAGUUUCUCGCCUGAAGAACCCAGGGGGCAGAAGGCCUCACACGGAAGCCGGGCCUGCUGCUUUUCCGAGGUAAGGCCGGGCCCUUUUGCCCUGCCACCCUCCCCACUCUCCGUUCAGCGGCGGCUUCUUUUCCUUCUGUCGAUGCUCUUUGGCCUGUCACGCGCGCGCGCGGACUUACGUUCUUCCUUUCCCCGACCUAAGAUGGCGGCUGAGGUGGACUUCGGGGACCGCGAGCUCUUCGAGCAACUGGACGCCGAGGAGCGGACGCCCGUCCCGGCCUCGCAGCCGCUUCACACCCGCUUCGAGGAGGCCGAUGAGGAACCGGAGGAGCUUCGCGAGCGGCUGAGGGAAUGUGAGGAGACCGUCAGGGAGCUGCAGGCCGAGAAUCGCGAACUGAGAAGAAAACUGAAUGUGCUAACUCGACCAAGUGGACUUACCGUGGAUGACUCUAAACUUGAUGGGCCUUUACUACAAAUUUUAUUUAUGAACAAUAAUGUUUCAAAGCAAUAUCAUGAAGAAAUAGAGGAUUUUAUAUCUAGUUUAGUUCAAAGAUAUGAGGAGCAACAGAGAGCUGAACCUGACAAGACCUACUUCAAUGUUAAGCCGCAGCCUUCUAGUUUUAUAUUGGAAGAAGACCACAAAGCAGCGAGCACAAAUACAUCAAAAAAAAUCAAGGAAGCCUUUAGCGUUGUAGGAAGUGUUCUCUAUUUUACCAAUUUUUGUCUUGAUAAACUGGGGCAGCCUAUAUUAAAUGAAAAUCCUCAGCUGACAGAUGGAUGGGAAAUACCCAAAUACCAGCAAGUUUUCACGCAGAUUCUUUCUCUAGAUGGACAAGAGAUUCAAGUAAAGCCUAAAAGCAGGCCAAAAUCUCACUGCUUCAAUUGUGGCUCUGAAGACCACCAAAUGAAAGAUUGUCCACAGCCACGAAAUGCUGCCCGUAUAAGUGAAAAAAGAAAAGAGUUUAUGGAUGCCUGUGGAGAAGCAGGCAACCAAACCUUCCAGCAGCGGUACCAUGCAGAUGAAGUUGAAGAAAGGUUUGGGAGGUUCAAACCAGGAAUAAUUAGUGAGGAACUUCAAGAUGCACUUGGUGUCACUGACAAGACUCUUCCUCCCUUCAUCUAUCGCAUGCGGCAGCUGGGUUACCCCCCAGGUUGGCUCAAAGAGGCAGAAAUGGAAAAAUCUGGACUUACAUUGUAUGAUGGAAAAGCAUCUCCUGGUGGUGAAACGGAGGAGGAAGAAUAUUACCAACAGAAACAAUGUGUCACUUAUGAUGUGUCCAAGUUGGUAAAUUAUCCAGGUUUUAAUAUAUCUACUCCAAGUGGAGUAGCAGAUGAAUGGAGGAUGUUUGGUUCCAUACCCCUUCAGCCCUGUCAGCAGAAGGAUAUCUUCGCCCACUAUCUUUCUACUUAUCAUAUGGCAAGCCCAAAGUCCAGCAAUAAAAGAUCUUCAUCACACCAGAGCUCUCAUCAUUCAAAAAGACAGAAAGGAAAUAGUGUUGAAGCAUCAUCAGCUGACAUGGAGAUGGAUUCUGACUUUGACGCUCCACACGGUUCUCCUGGCCAUGAUGGCUUCCAGUUCCAACCUCCGCUGCCUCCUGGGUCACCACUGAACGCAACUCCUCCCCCAUUGCCACGAGGUACUCCUCCGUGUACUCCCCCCAACUUUACCCCUCCUCGGCCGCCUGUGUGUACUCCCCCACGGCUUCCCCGCGACACUCCGCCUUUGACUCCUUCCAAUGAUUCCGCUCCACUGAGAACAGAGGGCUCUGCCAUGGAUGAAGACACUUUGACCCUGGAAGAGCUUGAGGAGCAGCAGCGCCUCAUUUGGGCAGCCUUGGAGCAGGCAGAUAGUGCCAAUAGCGACUCUGACAUUCCGGCAGGCACGCCUUUAACAGGGAACUCCGUGGCCUCAUCACCGUCUCGAAUUGGGUCAGACAUUCUUCCGGAAGAAAUGACAUGCAAGAAGUUGGAUGUGUCGGAACCUGGGACUUCAAACCACAGUGAGCAGAUACCCAAAGCGGAAGAGUCUGCAAAGAAACAGAUUUCAGCUGAUGAACUGAUUGAUUUAACAGACAAUGAAGAACCCAAUCACAUGGAUUCUGAAGGCGGUGCUGAGAACUGCCCCUCAGCCUUGGUGUGUGAGGAAGACCAUGAUGACUCUUCUGCGGCCACCAGUGCUGAGGUGUCCAAAAAUGCCAGCCCUGUCCCUGACAUGAGCAAGUUUGCUGCAGGGAUAACACCUUUCGAAUUCGACAAUAUGGCUGAAUCCACUGGGAUUUACCUCCGAAUAAGAAGUGUGCUAAAGAACUCUCCCAGGAACCAGCAGAGGAGCAAGAAAGCUUCCUUCUAGUUGCCCUGCUGCUGCAGCAGUACAGUUGUACCCAAAAGAAACCCAGCUAGGUCCAUUAACUCUGAAUACUCCUCUGUACAUUCUUAUAUAAAAACACCCAAGAACAGCCACAUAGAAAGCUGCUGCUUUGUUCUUCCUAUUAUGGUGUGAUUUGUUUAAAAAGUCCAGUGUACAGGGCUUCCAUUUUGACUUUAGGGCCAGUUGCUGCCUAAAGCCAGAGUUUCCACUAACAGAAGAAAGAGCUGCCGAGUGAGCUUGUCAAUCCAGUAUUACGUUGCAGGCUCUCCUGAAAAUGUUCUUGGGAGUAUACGAAGCUAGCGAAGCAGCAACUGCUUCCACACUGAGCUGAUCAUCUUGUAAACAAGUUUAUUCUCAGUGGUUUUUAAAAAAAGGUUCUAAACUUUUUAAAUGCUUUCCCUUGGUCUAAAAUAGAAGAAUUCUGUCAUCAAAUGGGAAUAAUCAGGGAUUACUUCGCAAUUGUCUCUACCCCUUUUGAAUAAUUUUAUAAGUAAUUUAUGUGGGUCAUUUUUUUAUACCACUUUUUUUUCUGUAAUGUCCCAUAUUUGAACUUGCUGUACAUAUAUGUCAGUGCUUGUGUACAGAGGUUUAA